UGAGCCUGUACGUGGCCAUUUCCCUACAGGAAUCGCCCGUGUAGACCGGUUUGCAGAGUCCAGCAUGAGUAGGCUCGAAAGUGGCGAGACCCCAAAUACGAUGAUGAAUAUUACUGAAAAUCUACACUUGCAUUUUAAGAACGAAAUGUGUGAUUUGAUAGAAGAAGAAUAUGAAAUAAAUGAACAUUUUACCACCAAUACAGUGAUGUACAAUGUCCAAGGAGUAAUAGUUACAAAUAUUGGAUUUACUGAGAAAGCUAUUAUGGUGGUGAAAGAACAUGAAGUGAUUCUUGCUAUGCCAAAUACGCUUUUAAAUAAGCUUCGGUUUCAAAUUAGAAAUAUGAUUGACAACAUUGAUACAGAGAUUCUUCUCGAAGUUACAGAAGACGAAGACGAGAAUUAA